AUGUGGAAGAUUUUAUAUAUCAUCUGCGUUAUUCUUCAAUUCUUGCCAAAUUUAGCUUUUGUGACAUUCACAAACUUGAAAUGCAUCAACAGUGACAAAAAUUUUUGCGAAUUCUCCAAAUGUAAUAUCAAGGCAGUGAAUCGAACACAUAAAUAUUUGGAAUUACAUGCUGUCAUUCAUCAAGUACCAGUUAAUAAUAUAACGAUUCGUUUGAAAACAAUGCACUUUAAUAAUGGCUAUAAGCCAUUCUUUAUCGAUGUCACAUUCGAUGCAUGUAAUUUUCUGAAAAACCCAAAGAAUAUUUUUGUAAAAGCAUUCUAUGAUGUUUUCAAAAAAACAUCCAACAUGAAUCACACUUGUCCCUAUAAUCAUGAUCUGAUAGUAGACAAACUAUAUACUGGCAAUCUCGAAACGGAUUUGUUAGGAAUAAUACCCGCAGCUAGCGGACGGUAUGCCGUAUAUAUGGAUUUCUCUGUCCUUGAUACACCUCGUGCUUCAGUUAAUACAUACUUUACCUUAAGUUAA